GUUGAGUGUAGUUGAAGUUUGAAGACGUUGAAAGGUUUAAUAGUUAUUUUAUUCUAUAAAUAUACAAUUUUGUACAAUCUGAUUGAAAUUGGUACUUAUAAAGGCAAAAUUGAACAAACGCUACAGUCUCACUACGAAUUUUUUUCCAAAGUAGUAGACAAACGUGAAGUCCGCCAAUUACCGGAUCUUUAAUCUUGUAGCGAAGUCAGCUGGAACGGCAGUGUAGUUAGUGGCUACAGUAACUGAAAUAUAAAUAGAUAUUUUAGACAAACGUGUUUAUAAAUACGGUGAAAGUGUCCAAAUGGCUCUUAAUAUUUUUAAUAAACUCAAGAAGUUUUUCGGAAGUGGUUUGAGCAAUAAUAAUGAUGAUCUGGAUAGAUCACGUAAGCGUAGCUCAGACAGUCCAGUCACAGGUGCUAGUCUCGUGAAAUAUAGGAUGGUUAAUAAUACAAAUUCAGAAUUUGUGAGUGAUACAUCUGACGGCAUUGAACAGGAUUUGUCAACAAAUACUGAAACGGUCUCUCCCCUGCCGUCAUCAUCAUUUAAUCACCGUGAAAAAUAUGCGGAAUUACUGCAGACGUUAGCAAUUAAUUGCGAUACAUCACAGUAUGCGCCAUCUACAUCGAAGAAUGUUAAUUGUAGUUCUCAAAAAGCACCACAACAUAGUCUCUGUUCGGAGAGAGUCAACACUACAGCACACUACAACGCUCCACUUUCAGAUUGUUCAGUAGAUCUUGAUGAAGGCAGUGAUGAAUGCAAAGUACUAACAAAGUCUGAACAAGCGGUUAUAUCACAAAGCAAUGAAAUAAAGGAAGUUGAUGAAAUUUGUUUGAAUGAUAAUAGCUCUGCAGAUGAAAUGGAAUUGCCAAAGGUUACACCAGUUAAAUCGCUAAUGGAGCGUUUUGGACUUUCAUGCUACCUUAACAAAGAUUGGUUAAAAGAUUUUGACAUCACCUAUUGGAAAAAAAAGGACAACGAAGUUAAGUCAACAGUUGAGGAAAAAAUUGUCAUUGAUGAAAACAAAAUGUUUGAAUUGAAUGAUCAGCACCACGAACUGAUUAAGCGAGUUUUGGAAUCACCACCAGAUCAGGUAUAUUCAAUAAACUUAUUUAGCUUUAUAUCAUUUCAAUACCGAAAUUUUAGGUGCAUAUUAACAAAUUCAAUCUUAACGUUACAACUAGAGACUUGCGCACCUUAA